UUUCAGUUGCGGUUUUAUACACGUUUAUUACCUUUCACUCGGGCUGUCCUGGCAUUUACACACAUCAUGAAGCCAAUAUCAAUCGUCGCCCCCCUGCUCGUUGCAGCAACAGCAGUUCAAGCGGUUAGAAUGGAUUUUUAUGGCCCGACCAAAAGAGUCAACCCACAAUUCGAAGCGUACUUGAAAAAGUAAAUCUCUUCCCCUUCCCCUUCCCCCAAACUACCAACUAUAACAGCUAAUAAAUGCAGCUUCUACGAAAACAUGGAGAACCCAGAUUCUACAUCCACUUACACGGAUCUUUAUGCCAAAGACGGACAGUCGGUUAUGGGCUCACCCCCCGAGAUAGCCACCGGUGCUAUAGACAUCCUCCAACAGAAGCAAAAGUUGCUACGCCCGGGGGGUAGCAAAUCGUGGUGGUAUAUCGUCUAUGGCGGGUUUGUCGAUGAACUUACGGAAGAGGAGACGACAAUAGCGGUCUUUAUCGUACUUCAAACCACGGAUCGUACUAAUCCAGCACCGGUCUGCACGGAGACUUAUGGUGUGGCGUACUGGACCUUCGAGGCGUUCCCCAUAGCAGGUGCAUCGGGAUUGAAGAAAUACAAUCUCACUGAAAAGGCGUUUGAGUCGCCGUCAAAGUAUCCAUGCGGGACCAUGUUUCAGGGAACGGCGGGGGGAUAGUCUCAUAAACACUGAAAGUUAUUGUAGUAAUCGGAAUACAAAAUAACAUUUUUAAAUAGGAUAAAC